AGAAUCAUUUGGCCCAUUCUGUGGUGGUGUUCUUGUUGGACCGUCUGGAGAAACAAUAAUGCCACAAUAUACAGAAACAAAUGGAUACAGUGGUCAAUGUACAUGGUACAUAGAAGUUGCAAGAGGCUAUCGAAUACAGAUCCAGAUUACACCAUAUUCAGAAGUAAUCAUCUAUCCUUGUAACAUGGACGUUAUUUCUGUAAUUGAUGGUCCUUCUGACAGUUUUCCAAUUAUUGGAGAGAAUUGUUUUGAAGAAUAUGGAACAUAUGAAUCAUCGUCCAACUUUUUGACAGUGACCUCUAAAUUAUCUUUUGUUAAUACAAAUUCAGCAUUUGUUAUAAAUUACAGAACUGUUCCUGUGUUCUCAGAUUCAGACAUCACAUGCUCUUCUUACUUCAUGACUGUAAAGCUACAUCAGCCAUACAUCUGGUCACUGGGGUACAACGCAAGUGAGCUGCAUUUAGAUGAUGUAAUCUGUACACCACAAAUAUUUGGGUCAAUUAUUCUGUUUAAAUUUCCACUUAAUGAGUGCGGAACUAAUAGAAAGGUAGUAAAUGGUACCAUAAUUUAUUCCAACAAUGUCAGAUCUUCUCCUUCUAAUGGACUGAUAACUCGUGAGACUUACCUCAAACUCAAUGUACGAUGCAAAAUGCAACAGGAGGCAAUUGCAGACAUCAUGUACCAAGCAAAUGGAGGAAUCACUGCAAAUGAAACAGGCACAGGCACUUACAACAUCAGCAUGGUAUUCUACCACGGUGAUUUCACUAGUCAAGUAUUAGAAAACCCCUACAUUGUUGACCUAAAUGAAGAUAUCUUUGUUCAAAUUGUGCUCUACACCUCAGACUAUUUGGAAGUUUUUAUUGACACCUGCACUGCUGCACCAUCUCAGUUUGGUUAUCCUUCAUACGAGUUGAUCAGAGAUGGGUGUGUAAGAGAUGACACAUUUGUUGCCUCCCCAAGUACCUCAUUUGACAUUGCACGCUUCAGAUUUAAUGCUUUCAAGUUUGUUGACUACUCAUCCAGUGUUUACCUUGAGUGUAAAGUGGUGCUGUGCCAGAUGUAUGACUAUUCUUCACGAUGUAACCGAGGCUGCCAGGCAAGGCGCAGGAGAGAUUUAAGCUCUUCAAAGGAUAAGGUUGAUAUAGUCUCGGGGAGAAUAGAGCUGAGAAAAGACAAGAAUCUUGCAGCAGAAUAUAUCAAGUUAAAGAAAGAAGAGGGCUUUAAAAUUUCUUCAACCCAAACACUAGUGUGGAUUUCCAUGAUAGCUCUGGCUACUACCACAGUCAUCUUGGCUUUCUUUACUCUGAAGUUUUAUAAGAAACAACAAAGAAUGAAAGGAAACUUUAACAGAUUAUAA